GAGGCAGGAGCACAAAGAUAGGUUUGCUACAAUUGAUUGAGAAGCCCGAAAAGGGGGAACAGAAAAACUGCAUUUCAGCUGCCCUUAGGCUCCAAAGCAUUUCCAGCUUUAUUUCUUCAAGAUGCAUACAGAGACAAUCACCUUUCAGAUUGUAGUUGUGUGCAUUGCAUUGCUAAUGGUCAGCCAUCAGAUUUCAUCUAUUCCAAUCCAGUCUCAGCUAUCCAAAUCCAGAUCAGAAAGCCUGAAGGUCCUGCACAGGAUGGCACGCAUGACCCCCCUCUGGAGAUCAAUGGGCAGCAAGCCUCAUGGGGCAUAUUGCCAUGACCACCAUGAAUGUUCCACUAAGAUGUGCAGCAAUGGGCACUGUUCGCUUAGCCAGCCACACAAAUUAUAGAAGACUCCCGGAGAAGACGAGACCGACAGUUGCCGGGCUACAUUCCCAAUGGCUUCAUUCCUUGAAAUCCUUCAAUGUAGCUGUAGUGCAUACUGUAAGCUGAAGAUCUGCCUGCCUGUGACUUGACUACAAGGACUUCGACUGAAGGACCUCGAAAGCAAAGAAACACGACUAAUACAUGACCUGAUGUGCACACAAUGAACAGAAAUCUCCUCCUUUUAUUGGCAAUGUCGGGUGUAUAAUCGAUUUCAAUCUGCUCGCUGCCUCACCCUUAUAGUUCAAAUCUGGCGGGCAAAUUGUCAGCGGGAACUCCGCGUAUACCCGCGAGAAGGCUUCUCAUUUUACAGCUUGAUCUUUCAGUUAAAGGCAGUCGGAUGCUGUCCACCGCAAAAAAAAAAAAAAAAAAAGCGAUGCUACUUUGCAAAUAUACUUGACUUCGUUGAAAUCUUAGACCUACUUGUUAUAAAAUGAAUAUUUCAACAAUAGUAAUCAACACAUAACAACGAAGGUAAUGUGUUAAAGACAUAGCUGGAUUUGGGGGUCUAAAAUACCAUAUCACAUCCGAACGACUUAGUUGGUAAUCAGUACUUGAUGACAUAUCAGUUACAUGCUUUUGUGUAGGUGGUUAAAAUAUUCAAAAUGAAAGAUGCGACACAGAUUAUGGGCCGAUAGAAAUAAUCAGAUAUACAUAACAUGCAUCCUAAUCACUCAAAUAGUACCUGUAAUUUAAAUGGAAUUAAAGAACCUGUAUUUUCAGAGUUGGACAGAUUUCCUUAUCUGGAUUUUUUAAAAAUUGAGACGAGUCAUGAGCUUGAGAUGUGUGCGUCAAGAUAGCGGUAUUUGAGUUUAGUGGAAGCGAGACGGCACCAUUCGCGACAUCUGAUAUGUGUCUCAGUCUACGAAGUGUUGUGACUAAACAGCCAGCGGGAGUCACAGCGGCCUUACUCAGCUGGUUCGAGACGCCGAAGGACUGCUCGUUUUUUUCUCGUUUGUGUUAACCACUUAUUGCCGUAAGCUGUAAACAGAAAUUUAUUAUUGAUGAAUCUUUCUGAACGGAAACGCAAAGUUAACUCUUAGGUGUCUUUGGAGGAAAAAAAAAUCUAAAUAUUUGAUUCGUUAUCUAUAGUUGUAACUAUAAUUUUAAAUCCUUUAUAAAAUAUUGUAUUCCUCCUUUAUAAUUUUUUAUUUGCAAAUACAUUUGCUGUAUGACUUGUGAUUUGUGUUUAAGUGGAAGUAGUAACUGUGUUUAAGUGAUUUGUGUUUAAGUGGAAGUAGUAACUGCAUGUAAAACAGGGACUGAUUUCAUCCUAAAGGCCAAUAUUCACCAAUUUUUGCCUUUUCCAUUUAUGUUCAAGCCAAAAAACAUGUGCUUAGAUGGUACCUAUUCAUCCGUUUUCUUAAUAGAUAGAUAGAUAGAUAGAUAGAUAGAUAGAUAGAUAGAUACUUUAUUAAUCCUAAGGGGAAAUUCACAUACUCCAGCAGCAGCAUACUGAUAAAGAACAAUAUUAAAUUAAAGAGUGAUAACAAUGCCGAUAACAAUGCAGGUAUACUGGCUGUGCUACUUCAGAAUCAUGAUUGGCGGUGCUUAUCCCAGCAGAAAUGGGUGCAAAGCGGGGGUGUCAUGAACAUAUAUGGGCCCCGUGGGCACAAAGUCUGAUUGUCACGGAUCCCCUCGUUUCAAAUCAGAAGGGAUAUUGAAUUCCACGUGGCACAGAUAUCAAGGGUCACAUGGCUUAAGCCAUGUGAGUACCGUUAUCCGAUGCAUCUUUUUACCGAAAAAUGGUGCACUAACGGGACAGAACAUAUCUCACCUAAUCCAGUUCAGAAGCUUUGGUUGAAUCAUCCCUAUGGGUCUCCAAUCCAUCAGACUGCCAGCACUGGCUCACAGGGCACAUUCGCAGUAUCAUCACGCGUACCUCUUUGGGGAUGUGGGAAGAAAAUGGGGCGUCUGAUUAAAAGCCGACGUACACACCUUUGGUUGAGCUUGGCUAAAACCUUUAAAUUCAUACAAGCUGACUGUUACCCACAGAUGAUUCAUCCUUUUGCUGCACGUGUUCCAAGGAUAAUUAGAGAUUAUUUAUGUCUGGAAAGUAAAGGGAAUCGUGUAACAGGUUUUGGUUUAACGAUAAUGUCAUAACAUAAAGAAAGAAAGAAAGAAAGAAAGAAAGAAAGAAAGAAAGAAAGAAAGAAAGAAAGAAAAGAAAGAAAGAAAGAAAGAAAACUGGAACCACAAAGACGAUAUGCUGCAAAUAAUCCAAUUUUGGAAAUACUGAUUGCAAUAGAUAAAUAAGUGGAGUAGUGAAUAUAGUUGUCAAACCCCUCAAAUGUCUCGGGUAAGUAAAAAGAAAGAGAGUCGAAAGCGUGUUAACGGCCAAAACUGUGAAGAAGAUGCCCCCGACAUUCCAAGGUAUGUCGUGAACAUGUAUUAGGUUAUGAAAAUUAGUUCCCUGUCAGAGUUAUGAAUUUCUUUAAAGGUCACUUAAAUAUAAAUUAUUUCUUAAUGAUUCCGUGCAGUUCCAUGCAGUAUUUCCUCGAAUGAUCUUGCGCAUAAGGAUGUGAAGGUUAUAAACACUUAAUUAUUAAGACGUAUUUCUUGUUUAUCGUAGGCAGUUUUUUCAUCCAGUAAAUUCUCAACUUUUUCAUCUGAAUAAGAUUGCAAGAUUCUAUGAGGCAAAAGUCACGUACAGAAGGCGCACGUUUUCAGUUAAUCAGUGUAAAGCUGAAUUGACGUAAAAGAUGUCGCAAUCUGCCUCUAAAUAGUAUGUCGAUCCGUUUCAAGUAAUACAGCGUGCUGAAUUAGCUAGUUUCAGGUCUCUGCAAUUUACAUAUCCAACACUUACAGUAUUUCGGUAAAGCAUUUUAUGAUGACGUUACAGAUGAAUGACACUAAACAGAAAAUGACUGAUGGUCAACCUAAAAUGACCUGCACGCGAUACAUUGUAAUUGGGAUAUGGUGUAUGUUUCUUGGGCGGCACGGUGGCGCAGUGGGUAGCUCUGCUGCCUCGCAGUUGGGAGACCUUGGGACCUGGGUUCGCUUCCCGGGUCCUCCCUGCGUGGAGUUUGCAUGUUCUCCCCGUGUCUGCGUGGGUUUCCUCCCACAGUCCAAAGACAUGCAGGUUAGGUGGAUUGGCGAUUCUAAAUUGGCCCGGGUGUGUUCGUGUGUGUCCUGCGGUGGGUUGGCACCCUGCCCGGGAUUGGUUCCUGCCUUGUGCCCUCUGUUGGCUGGGAUUGGCUCCAGCAGACCCCCGUGACCCUGUGUUCGGAUUCAGCGGGUUGGAAAAUGGAUGGAUGUAUGUUUCUUAUAAGAACAGUAAUACAGUAAUAACCUACACAUCAAAAAUCCUUUCCGUCACAAUUCGAAUCCUUCGGCUACAGGGGGUCUUAAAGUAUUCUACAAGUAGCAGACGCAUUGCCUGCACAACCUGAACGCCAAUUAGUUUUGGAGUGUAAAUCGCUCAAACUGCAUUAAUUAUACAAGCAUGAAGUUAACAUGUACAUCUUCGGCCUGUGACAAGAAAGUCACAUGACGAAGAAAGGCCAGGAAUCACGACAUACAUAGGGCCUAUGGCAGCCCACACUAUAAAAAAAUCAAGGUGCCAAAGAUUCUGUUUUCUCCACAUAUUAGGAAUCUUUUCAAAGCCCAAAGAACCAAUUUUAUAUGUAAAGACCCCUUUCCAAAAUGCAAUGGGUAUUUUUAAAGUAAUGGUUCAACGAGGAACCAUUCUGCUCAAUAAAGCCGUAUAGUGUGCAAACAACCAUUAUUUUUAAGAGUGCAUGUUGCGGUGUAAGUGCUGUGGUGGUAGGCAACACCACAUUAUUAGUAGGCUAUUCUACAGAUAACCAUUCGACAUAUUGUACGGCGUAUUGUGAAACAAAGGACAAAAUCGUACACCAUUUCCCCAUCCAUAUUCAGAACAGCAUAAGCCAUAACAGAAAAAGCCUUUAUUGAUGACAAGCGUGUUUGGAUACUUCAUAAAGAAGCUCCCCCAUACUCGAAAAACGUGUACAUGUUGGGCCUGAUUGGCAUGAUACAUUGAACCUGUGAAUGUCAGUGUGCCUCAUGAACUAGGGCAGCGUUUCUCCACCUUUAAGUAUUUGCGACCCGAGUUUUCAUAACAGUUUUAAUCGCGCCCCCCUACCGUUUUUUUGAAAGGAGCCCACUAAUACCAAUUUGUUCUUUUUUAAUUAAUGAUAUAUCAUAGAUGCAUAUUUUAUUAUACCUACUUAACUUUUAUCGACGUUUAUCUAACUCUAUAUUUAUUUUUCUAGUAUCAAAAUGUAGUUUAAGUUAAUUUGUUUUGGUUUCAAUAGAUGUAUUUUUCAUAUUUUCAAUUCUUGUUUUCUUUUUUCACAUCUUCGCGCCCCCCUAGGGGUGCCCGCCCCACAGGUUGAGAACCACUGAACUAGGGUUUUAUUUAGGACUACUUCCACUUUGCCCUCAUAAUGCCGGAAUAAACGUCGACUUCCGAGAUUGUAUAUUUAAUGGAAUUCAGCCGGCUCAAUUUUCUUAGACAAUAAGCACUCUUUUCACUUUUCCAUAAGACUCUGUGCUAUCUGUACUGACGGCCUUUUUUACACGCGCAGAUGACUGCUUGCCUUUCUGUGUGAUCGCUUCUUGUGUCGAUUGUGCCUGUUCUUAGGUUAGUUAAGAUUCGCUCUGGAAGUUCCUAAAUCUAAAGAUCUGCGCUUAUGUUGCUCUGUCCAGCAUACGGGGUGGGCAUUGUAAUGGAUUGGCAUCCCGUUCUUGCCGGUAUUCGUUCUGGAUCUCUGCGAGUUUGUUGUGUAAAACAAAGUUCAGAAAAUGGGUCUUGCUUGAACAUUGCUGUUAUAAUGAUAAUAAUAGUAAUAAUAAUGUUAGGUGAACUGGCUAUCCUAAAUUGUCCCUAGUGUGUUAGGUGUGUGGCUGUGUGUGUGUGUGUGCCCUGCGGUGGGCUGGUACCCUGCCCUGGGUUUGUUUCCUUUGUGUUGGCUGGGAUUGGCUCCAGCAGACCCCCGUGACCCUGUAGUUAAGAUAUAGCGGGUUGGAUAAUGGAUGGAUGGAUAAUAAUAAUAAUAAUAACAACACGUGUUAUUAUUAUUGGACUUGUAAUUUGUAUUUGUAAAAAAAUAUAUUCAUGAUGUGAAAAAUGCGAGUCGUUUCCAGCAUAUCGGUGUUUGACACCACACUAGAUGCUUUGGUACUUUUAAUUAUUGAAAUAGUAACACUGACACAUUGUCCGUUUUCCAUAUUUGUAGGAAUUUGUCUAACCAUGCAGAACAUUUCGUACUCACGAAUACUGGCAAACAAAGACAAUAAGACAUCUGGAAACAUCAAAUGUAAUUUUUACUGAGAUUAUGAAAAGCGUUGGUAAUGGCUUUAGUUAGGUGCCACUGGGUAUUUGUGGCAUGAUGUCAUUUUAUACUUUAUACUUUAUAGCUUGCUUCUCCCCUUUAAGCCGAUUCUAAAAAUCGAAAUAAGUCCGGCAUCUGAAAGCCCCACUGAGCUGGUGCGCUUCUUAAUUAAUGGUAAACUAUGACCCAGCUCUGCUGGAGCUCUCAUUCCACCCGAGUAGACCCCUCUGUGCACUUUCAGAAAUUUUGAUGGUGUUAAACAAUUUUUUUUUUAUUUCAUUUCUGCUAACUUGUGACUGUUUGUGAAAUAAUUUAUUUUGCUUUGCUACUUUUAUAGAAGGAUUGUGUGCUUGUAUUUGUUGUGCUUGAAUGUCUAUUUUGGAAUCUAUUUUGUCUUCCAAAUACUUUCGUUUUACAGAUUGCUGUGUUCAGUAACCUUAUUAUAUUAUUAAAGCCAACUUUAAACAUC